CGGCACCUCCGUAGACGCCAAGGAGGUGAAAAAAAAGCCACACUUCCCGCCCCCCACUAAAAGCCAACAUCAAUUACCUACAACUUCACUUGAAUACAACUUCACACACACAUGCAACAUACCUACCUAAGGCAAUAAUCCAAGCUACAUGGGGCUCAUGCUCAUGCGCUCUUCGCGCGAGUCAGACGAGCCACGGCCGUUUCGUGGCAUCUUCUCUCUCGCCCACACGUCCCACCCCAGCACCCAGGCCUAGCUCUGGGCCCUGGUCUCUCGUGCUCCCCUAGGCAUUUCCGGCGCAGAGCAAAGUUGACUGUAGACGGCCGAUGUGGUCCUUUGGCACUACUAUGACCAUGGCAAACGACCGUGAACCUUCCCCGGCUGCCUCUCUGCCUUCACGGUCUUCCCCGCCUCCGCAGUCUGUCCAGCACCCAAUGUCACCGUCUCGACCCCGCCCGUCGCUGCUGUCCCAGCGCUCGCUGAAACAAUUGGGCCUGUUAUUUGCCGGCGCAGGCUUCCUCGCUCUCUCGACCCUGAUCACGAGGCGUGCCGUGGCGCGGAAGCGCAAAAUUACCACGCCGCCCUUCUACCAGCAGAGCAACCGGCCGGUUAGUACGAUGGCGUCUGACGGCUCUGUUAUAGCCAUCGAGGCGAUGAGUCUGGCGACGCUUAAUGUCAUGAGCUUCGCCAUAAUGCUUACUGGUGGCUUUUCGUGGGCAUUCGACGUCUCAAACCUCGACGAUUUAAGGAGGCUGGCGCGGAGGCAUGUUGGCCCUCCGGGUGGUCAAACCGACGAGGAGUCAGAACGGGAGGUCGAGGAGUGGGUGGCUAGGGUCCUAUUAAGGAAGGAGCAGAAGGCAAAGGAAGCCAGAUCAUCGAAGCAGGAUGACGAGUAGCCGGCCCGAGUGGUUCGGGCUGGCGAGG